UUAAACAGGGGCGGGGCGGUCAGUGGAGGCAGUUCCUGGGGGUGGGGCCUGCAUUGACAGGGUCUUUGGAGGGGUUUGGCUGGGGAGGGAGAAAGAACCGAGAGAGCUCGGCUGGGCUCGGCCGCGCUCGGCUGGGCUCGGGCCGGGGCCGGUGGGCGGUGACGGGCACUGCGCGCGCACACUUGCACGCAGGCGGAGUGGCGGGCAGCCUCGCUCUGGGCCCUCGGCGGCGGUGGCAGCGGUGGCCGCGACAGGUCGGGGCGGCCCGGGAGGCUCGGCGGCUGAGCUAGCUGGACCCGCCGGGCGGGCCGGGCCAGGCAGGGCGGGCGGAGAGCUGAUAAAGCGCGUGGGCUCGGUAGCGGAGGUUCGGCGGUGCUAACGGGUUUGGGGAAAAUCACCUUCCCCCUUUCUGUCUCCUGCCGUUUUUCCUGACAGCUGCGGGGCGGCCCAGUGGCCCCUGGGGAAGGCCUAGGCCGUGCCCUCCGAAGGUUCCCCCUAGCGGAAGGGCCCUGCACUGAUUGCCCUCCGGACCCGACCUCUGCACUCCAUGUCCCAGCGCCAGCCAUGGAGACCCUUCACACACACACCCUUCCGGUCUGGUGACCCGAGCCGCCUUCCUCACAAAGGUUCCCCAGGCCCCUGUCCAUUGUCCACUCAGCCCGAGCCGCUGUCCAUCCCAGCGACAUCCCCUCUCCCAGCCAGGGAAAUGUCUCCCCUACAUCUCUCUGUCCCGAUGUGCUGAGCCACUUCCCCAGACCCCUGCUCUUCCACUCUUCUCAGAUAUCCCUGUCUCCCUUGCCCUUUGUUGUCCCCCUCCCAGCACUCCCGAUGGGGAUCCCACAUAGAAACCCCCAGUGCCGAUGCCCCGAGCUCGCACUCUGACACUUCCUCCCCUCCGCCAGACUUAGAAAGUUGUCCAUCUCGGCGCCCUAAGUGGGGUUCACUCUACAUACUCCCCCCACUAAGGUCUCUGGGGCCGCCCCCCUGACACUUGACUCUCCAAGCCUUGGGAUCCUCCCCCCCAGUCCCAGCUCCCAAUGGUGAUCCUCUGCACACUUCCCCGUCCAGGUGCCAGGAGCUGGUCUUGAUCUUUUGCUUCAUUCUGCCUGGUUCUCCUUCACCUGUCCCUAACUUCCCUGACCUUGCCCAUCCGUCUGUACGUACUCCUCCAUCCCAGUGUCUCGAUGGGGACAGCUUCCCAGCUUCUUCCAUCCUAGUGACUGGCCAGCACCCUGGCAAGUACCCCGAGGGCCGCUUGAUUUUUUGAAUUUCUUCUCCCAAGUGACCCUAUUUCCUCUUUAACUUAUUACUUCAGCCUCCCCCCCCCCCCAAUCUUACUGAACUGAGAUAUGCCCCAAGCCUUUCCACCUGAGUUACUCCCCAGUCCUCUCUCACAUUCUGUGCUGGAUUUUUGGAUAUUUUAACAUAUUGGCAAAUGGGUGGAGGGGAAGGAAUAGCUAAAAGAGAAAGAUUUCUCAUAUCAGUGUUCUAAUUUUUGGUUUAGAAAAGAUGGUCAUUACCUACUCCUAGAGGCACCUUUGACUUAUUUCACUUCCCCCUUCUGUUCUUCAAACACUUCCAGAACCUCCUGCUUUCUUAGUUUUCCCUUUCCCUGAUUCAGAGGGUUCUGAUUUCCCUGAUUCAGGCUCAUUCUUCCUUUUUCCUACUGAUCUCUCCUUUUUUCUUUCUCUGAAUAUUUCAUGUUAAAAGUAAGGCCAGGGUAGCCAAACUAAGCAGCUAUCUAGGACAUAAAGGGGAGGGGAGUAGAAUAUAAAAAAGGAUACUUUUAAUACUAAUAGUUAUUUUUAUAAAUGCAAAAAAAAAAUUCUGUUCUUUGUUGCAAGGGGGCAUUCAUUUUCUAACAAGUCACAUAUGAAAGCUCCAAAUAUCCAGUGAGUAAUUUGGGAAACCUUCCUUAGAGCAUACAAAUACCCCAUUCCGGCUUUGCUUCUUAUUUCCACUUCCCUGAACCCACCUUGUAGGAUUCUUCUUUUCUGCCCCAGCAUACCCACAUCCCGAUCCAGGAUUUCAUCUCCCCACAGUACCUCCACCUCAGAGAGGGGAUGCAGCCCUUCAGCCUCGAGGCGGCCAGGGAAGCAGCCCAGAGGGAUGUGCUGGCCGCAGAUCUCCAGUGCAGCUUCUUUGCCUCUGCCCUGCAGAGCUACAAGCGGGACUCUGUGCUGAGGCCAUUCCCAGCCUCCUAUGUUAGCCAAGACAACAAGGACUUUGAGGCCCUGCUUGCAGAUGUCAGUAUGCUACCGAACUUGAAGGAACUUCUCCAGUCUGCAGAUGACAAAGAUAACAAGGCAUGGAAUCUGUAUGUGAAGAUCCAAGAACUAAUGGGAAUUUCAGGCACUACUGUCCCUGCACCUGACUUUCUGUUUGAAAUAGUGUAUUCUGGUCGAGUGGAUGCCAAAUUUCAUGAGACCAAAGGAGAAAGGGAUCUUAUCUAUGCAUUCCAUGGGAGCCGCCUGGAAAACUUCCAUUCCAUCCUGCAUAAUGGUUUACACUGCCACUUAAACAAGACAUCUUUGUUCGGUGAAGGGACCUAUCUCACCAGUGACUUAAGCCUGGCUCUUCUUUACAGUCCUCAUGGUAUGGGAUGGCAGCACAGUCUUUUGGGUCCUAUCUUAAGUUGUGUGGCACUGUGUGAGAUUAUCGACCAUCCUGAUGUCAAGUGCCAAACCAAGAAAAAGGAUUCUGAAGAAAUAGAUAGAAAAAGAGCGAGAGCCAAACAUAGUGAAGGGGGAGAUGUCCCACCUAAAUACUUUGUGGUUACAAACAAUCAACUUUUACGAGUAAAAUAUCUGUUAGUUUAUUCUCAGAAACAACAUAAGAGGGUCUCAAGCCAGCCUUCUUGGAUUUCUAACCAUCGCUUCACUCUCAUGAUGCUCCUGUAUCUGCUACUACUGAUCAUUAUAGGUGUCAGCAAUUCUCCCUCUUUCUUGCACUACUGGAAUCGAGCAUUGGAAUCAAAAAGAUAAACUUACCUGGAUCAGCAGGGUAGCCUCUGCCAUAUGCCUUAGUACCUCCUUAUCUAUGAAUUCCUACACCUCCACUUAGAACUUUGGGCUAGAAGCUAAGGAAGGGCAAUGAUUGGAACAUUGCAGUGAUACCAGAGAUUUUGAUUAUCUUCUGAUGCUCCUAGAGAACGUUUGUGCUUCUUAAUUGGUCACAUUUUGGAGGAUAGUGUCAGUUUCAGGAUAACUUUGCUGUUCUCUCUGUCCUUAGCAGUUCUGGGAAGCUGACUUCUUAGCAAGGGCCAAAGGAAGAAGCCUGCUGUAUUAAAAAACAAGGUGUCUAGGCUCUCUGCAAUAUGUUUACAAUUGCCUCUGGCAGAAAUCCUCUCUUUCUAAUGCCUUUGGAAGGUGGAAAAAUAUGUUGUGUGAGGUAUAAAUCAUCAGGCAGUUGGCUUGUUUUGACUUGAAAUGUUACAGAGGAACAAUGAUGUUUCUCACGAAAUGGGGGGAUUGUUUUUGAUUUAUAAAUUUUGGCUUUAGACUUCUGAAUGUGACAUCAAAAACUUCAAUACUUUUAACCAUUUUCUUGACUAUCUAGAAACAGCUUUUGCAGCAAUGGUGCACUCAUUCAUUCAUUUAUAAAAUUAUAGGAUUCAUAGCUGUAAGGGGCUUUAGAGAGUCUAGCCCCUCUCAUUUUACAGAUGAGGAAACAAAAGCUCAAGAUUGUCAUGAUUUGCCUACGAUCUAACAAGUGUUGUAAGAGCUGGAUUUUGAACCUCUGACUUUGGGUCCAGUGUUCCUUCCACCACACCCCACUGCCUCCCAGAAUACCUUCACUCAUAUAUUCAUUCAGCAAACAUUUCUGAAGCACCUAUUCUGUGGAAGAUAUGAAUGGAUAAGAAACAAAGGUUUUUGUUGUUUUUUAUGUUUUUUGGAGUCUCACAAGAGAAGAUUAUCUACUUAUUUCCAUCUGAAUAUUUCUUUUAAAUCAAGGAACUGAAUGUUAAAAAAAAAAAAUGACUUGAUAAUUGGGCAACAUCUUUGUGAAUGUUUCUACAUGGUGAUUCAUUUGGCCAAUGUCCACACAACACAGCCUUUUGACUGUUUUUAAGAAAAGAAACCAAGCUAUGGGCUUGCUCAUGUCACGAGAUGGAUUUGACAUGCUGCAAAUAGCUUCAUGGAAUUUGAACAAACAUAUCCUAAAUGAAAGCUUUUAAUAAGAAUUUUAUUCUUAAGUAAUAUCACACAUCCAAAUGUAGUCUUAUUUGGUGGGGCAUUUGAUUUUUGAUAUACCUCUAUGUGGCAUUUUAUAUGAAGAAGAAUCCCUUGGAUGCCAGGAUAGCAGUUUCAUUUGUUGCUGUAUGUAAUAUCACUACCUGCUUUCUAUUAGGUAUCCCAAUUUGAUUUAAAUAAAAUAUAUCCCUAUUUUUUCCAGUUGGUGGUUUAAAAACAUAUGUGUAUGUAUAUUUAUGUAUACAAACAUAUAUAUAAUACAAUGACAUUUAUGUAUGUAUGUAUACAAACAUAUAUAUGCAAUCAAAUGUGAUUUUCUAUAAAAAUAAAAUUGGUUUCUAAUAUUUGUUUGCUAUCAACAUUUUUACAGUGAGGAUUGAAAAUGGAAAAAUAAUAAAAGAGAUAUUUUUAAAUUAUGUGAGAGGCAGUAUGGUGCAGUGGAAAGAGAGCUAUCCUCAGAGCCAGGAAGCAAGGUUCUGCCUCUGGCACAAACUGACUGUGUGACUCUGGGCAUAUCACUUAGCCUUACCCAUCUAGUGUCUUAGCAGAGAGGUAGGUAGGGGGUAGCCAUACUUUGGCAUAUACCUUCAUAUGGUGUAUGAAAUCUUCAUCUGGUAAAGGUAAUAUAUUCCUACAAAAUAGUAAGUUGAGAAAAGAGAGCUUAAAGGGAAAUACCUUAAACUUUUAUCACUUUAACAGGAUAAUUUGUUGCCACUUUGGAAAGAUUAAUAGAUCUCUUAGGAAAUUGAGACACAGAAUAGGUAGGUUUUGAUGUGAGAGCCAGGGAAAUUGCAGAACUGUGUGAUUGUAAGUAUAGCUAGUUUGGGUGGAGCCUGGAUACAAGGGAUAUAGGGAAAUAAAAUCACACUUAACUGUCUCUACCAUUUUGCCUUCUAUCAUAUAGAUAAGCCAUCCCCCAAUUCAGCUUUCUGGGAAUGUGUUUUUCUAAGCUGCUGGAAUCCUGGGGUUCUUUCACUCUAGCCAGACUGUGGAUAGCAGAUGUGAACUGAUUAUGAUUUGUUAUUUGCUAAAAAGGGAAGGAUUUCUUUCCAGGUGUCUAGUUGGAGAAGGAAGAGUUUUACAAUGAGUUACUAAUUAUUCAUAUUUUCGACAAUUGAUCAAAAAUAAAUCUUUAAUUCUACAGAGAUGAUCAUGAAAACUGGGGAGCAAGGGAAGAGAGGGAGUUUGCAAUUUCAGGAAAAUCAGAAGACCUUAUUUUAAAAUGUUGUCCCCUUCCCACUCCAACCCUUCUGAGCCCAUUCCACUGCAAAGGCCUGAGGUUUGCAUUGGCCCUGAUAUUGGUUAUACACACCCUAACUGUUGCUAUGGUGAUCUUUUGGCCUCAGGGAUGAGAUUCCAGUCAGUUCAUCCUAUGAAAACAUAAUUCUCCCUGAAGCAUCUCUUCCCCCUCCUCCUCAGUUCCAGCACAUAACACAAUUCUGCUCUCCCCAUCCCUCCGUUCUGUCCCCCGCCACCUCACUCCUUGAAUUUUCCAUCUGCCCUCUAUUAUUUGUUUUCUCCUUGUCAAUCUUUCUUUGGAUGGAUUUCUGUUUAUUUCAAAACUAACUUGGGCUCAGCACCACGGAGACAAUGUACUGUGCAGUCUUGUUAGAAUAAUUUCCUUCCUUCACAGCAUCUCAGACCUGACAUUUGGUUCAUCCAAACCAAUCAGAACAUCCCAAGAUGGGAGAUAAAUCCAAAAUAAUCAUCACCCUCUCUGGUUGUUGGUGCCUUUCAUUCACCUUAAAGAUUUUAAGAUAGACUUGCAUUUCCCAAUUUAUGGGACCAAGACCCAUUAUAAUGUGUUUGAAUGUGAGGGAAGAGAGGGAAGGAAGAGGGGAGAAAUCCUGAGAGGGACAGUUCCGGUUAAAAGGCAAAAUGGUAAAAUAGAUAGCAUACAUUUCAACAAAUUACACUGUAAGUAGACCUUCAUGGCCACAUGGUUAGUUUAAAAGUUUCAAGGAAAGUUGUAAUUGCUCAUUUUGUUUCUAGGAGACUAGAUAGACUCCUUACUUCAAAUCCAUCUUCUAUUGAUGCCUGGAAUUUUCUUUAAAGGCAGAAAAUUUUCAUUCUACAAUUAGAGACAAAUUUUAAAGUAAGUGCCAACCUUGGAAGAGGAGACAAGAUUGAAAAUCUUACCAAAGUGUACAAAUGACAAGUGAACAAAUGGUUGGUUCCCCUUUUGAGAGCAAACUUUGGUAGCAGAGAACACCAGGGCAAUGGGGACAAUAGAACAAGGAAGGAAUACUAUUGAGUGUUAAAAAGAGCUUAGUAUGGGAAUACUGAGACUUUUGGCAAAUUUCAAAUUUAUGACACUGAUCACAGCACAGUACUUAGCAUUACUGACUUCUUUCAGCUCUAUGAUGACUGGUAAUAAACAGUAAUUGUGGUACACUGAUUAAUUCAGUCAUACCUCAUUAAUUCAUAUUAGGAGAAGAGCAAGGAAGAUUCAAGAGGUCAGCCUUAAUUAAGGAAAAAACUCCAGUUGUCUAAUCCUUAAAGCUAUAUGGAUUGAUGACUAAAACUGUGCUAAAGAAAUGUUGCCUGGCUCUGAUGAACACAUACGAGUGUUGUUACUAGCCUAUCCCUUAAAAUGGGUGCUUUAAAAAUACUUUGGGGGCUUUUUCAAUAGUUUUUAAAAAUUAUGAAAUCAAUAAUAAAGUGAAGCAGAAUUGUCUCUGAAACUGUGAAUUUAAAUUGUGUAUGGUUUGGGUUUUUUAAGGUGUAUAUUAAAUUUAACACUGGAGUAACCAAA